AUGUCUGAACGUGUCAUUACACCCGACGGCCACUUUGUCAAUGUGACAUCCAUCGAUUACUUUUUUCCGUCCUAUCUCAAUGGUCUCUCUCUCGCCAAUAGUCUCUUCUUUUUAUUCUGUUAUUCCAUCUUUUUUGUUUGUUUUGGAAUCAUGUUAUUCAUCAUUCUUUCAAAACGAAAAACAACAUUGAAAGAAAAUCCGAAAAUUCUGUUCAUUUUGGUCGCAAUUUUUGUCGGAAUUCAAUGUGGCACUUUAUGUGUCAGAAUUGUGUUUGAUUCAUGGAAUAUAGAUGCAAGAGCAAGGAAAGAAGAGAAUCCUCAAUUCUUGUUUUCGGUUGUCUAUUUCUUUGCUUUGAAAGCGGUGGGAGCAUUGGCGACCUUGUUGUCCACCAUUAAUUACAUCUUUGUGUUUGUCAUUUUGUUUCAUGUCCAAUUGGUGUUUUGGAGAUCAGCACAUCUAUUGGGAUCUCUGUCUUCAAAGAUUUAUCACAAGAUUAAGGUAAUCACAAGUGUUCUGUUGGGAAUUUUUGCCUUUUUAUCUUUGAUGGCCAUCUUGACAGCAACUGCUGGCCAUCUUUUGAACGAAACUGCCAUCCUUUCUUCAUCCUCUUUGGCUGUCAUUCUCUACUCUUGCUUUGCAGUAUUGUGUUGCUCCUUCCUUUUUAACAUUGCCCUCAUCUUGAUGAGUGGAGCAUUUAUUUUGAAAGGUAUUCACAAAAAUUCCACUUAUUUCAUGUCGUUCUCUUCGUGGUUUUCCUUUCGAACCAGUAAUCCCUUUCUUGUGACGUUUGCCUUAAUGUUUGGUUUAAUUUUGUGCGUGUGUUGUCAAUUGGUGUCCACUGCCUUAGUAUCGGUCGCAGGUUCGAAUCGAGCAAGUAGCCUUAAAAUUUUAUGGCAUUUCUUGAGUAGUGCAGCCGUGUUGAUUUUCGCCACUUUGAGUUUAUUGUUAUUUCAUCCCAUGUUUGUUCAGACGGAAAGAACGCUCUCAGAAGUUCAUCCACUAGAAACCGCCUGCAGCAAGGAAGUAAACGAAGACGAAAUCAUUACAAAGAAGGAAAAUGUCGAAUCGUCCUCUCUGGCACGGUCAUGUUGUUCUCCACAAUCACCUUCUCCACUUUUGGGUUCUUCAACACAAGUCUAA